AUGAAUAAUAAAAGAGUUAAAAGGAAAAAAAUAACAAAGGAAUCCACAGAUUCCACAUCAUCGCAAAGUAUAGACGAGGAAGAUGUUUUAAAGAUAGUUAAGCGGUAUAAAUUAGAUAUCAACGAUCAUAAAAACCCAUACUCUGCAUAUGUUAAGUUAUUUUUGGACAAUUUAAACGAGCUUCUGGAUGAUUUAAUUAAAAAGAAAGAAGUGGAAUCAUAUGAUAUAUUUGGAGGACAUCGAUACGGAUAUUUGCUAAUAAAUGACAUAAACGUAGAUGUAUUAGUAAAGAUUUACAACGUUGAGAACGUUAAAAACGUUUUCAAUUAUAUUAAGAGGAAUUUGAGUAAAUUGAACACAGUAAACACAAAAGAAAAGAGUAAGGAACAGUUAAACAUAUGGGUAUUGAAUAACAAAAAUGUUAGCAGUAACUUGUUAGCUAAGGAGUUGGUGAUUGAGGCAAAAAGAGGGAAAAAGGAGUUUAAUUUUAAGUUAUAUUUUACAAUAGUAAAGUAUGAUAGAAAGAGAAGCGUACGAAAAGUUAAUAUCAACGAGUAUUUAAUGGAGAAAUUGGAUGAAGUACACAGGAAAUACGUAAACAUAUCAAACGCAGUAGUGUUAGCAAAAUUGUUUCUACAAAGCUACAACUUGGAUAAAAUAGCACUAAAAGAAGUUGCUAGUAGUUUGAAUGGGAGUGGCUACGGUAAAGUGGAGGCUUGUAGGACCUUUGGAACCAGUGAGUUGAAUGGACACGUUUUUAACCUGCUACUGACGCACCUGUGUACAAUCAACAGUUACUCUGAAAACGUUAAGUCUAUAAUACUGUUUAAGAACGUGUUGACGUUCAUAGUGAACACUGUCGGCAAAGAUGGUGGCGUACUGGUGUAUUGUGAGCAAAAUAACAGCAGUAACGUUGGCACAACUAGUGGAGAUAACGUGGCGGACAGCAAGGAAGAAGUUAGCGAUAGGAGUUAUGACAGGGCAGAAACAGUGUUUAAUGACGAGAUAAAUCAUAAACUGGCGGAAAGUGGUUUGUACGAAGAGUAUGUGAAGUCAGUAAGUGGUGAAUUCAGAAAAAGAGUAUCACUGUACACGCAGAAGUAUGCGGAGGUGGAUCUGCUUAAGCACAUUGAGUUGACCUUUCCGCAGCUAGUGUACUACUGUAAAAUAGGACUGGGAAUCCUGAGUGACGACACGUCUAAAGCGGAUAAAAUAGCGAGGCUGUUUCUGCAGAGGAACUACUUAUCAAAUUUUUAUGAACACAAUAUGUUCAUAAGAACUGAUAGUAGCGAUGGUACAGACAAAUUGAAGCAGCUGUUACACCUGCUAAGAUACGUAUUCAAGGAAAGACUGUAUUUGGCGCAUUUGUAUUACAUUAAGAGAUACAGUACUGACGACACUGGUAGCACUAGCACUAGUGAUAACAUUAACACCAAAAUGUUGGAUUAUGGUCCAAAGUAUACAAUGAAUACAAGUAGUGGCGGUAGAGGUAAUACGGCAGUUAGUAAUUUUGAAAAUAAGAUGUAUGAGUACAUUUGGGGAGAUAACUAUCAACUGGUGAAGUCGAACAACAUAAUACAAUAUACAGUCAACUUGUCAAAAAUAACUACCAGGUCAGCUGAUGAACAAGUGUUACUGCUGAGUGACCUGGAUGAAAAUUUAAAUUAUAGAUUGCUGAAAUACGUGUUAUACACAUUGAUUAAUAAGAGGUUGCUGAGAAGAAUUGGCGUCAGCAUUAACAACUUUAAUGUAAGGUAUCCGUUCAUAAGUGAGUACCAGAAGGACCUGAUAUCAACGACGAACGACUUCACGGACAUUCUGACGUCGCUGGAGUGCCUGCCGCUGAAGAUAUUGAACACACAGAUCAUCAAUGAAACAUACUCAUAUUUGAACCUGUACAGCCCAAAGGUUGGAGAAAACGAGGGCGCAAGUGAUCAUGGAGGCGUGGUGAAGGUAGUAGUAAAGUGGGAGUACAGUAACAAGUGGCCGAACGAAGAGGUGGCAUACAACAACGUAGUAACGUCACUGCUCCUGCUGAUAUCAAAGGAGCUGAAACACAGAUACAGGAUGGACAGCAAGUUUAGAGAAGGGUGUCUGUAUGUAGAGUACGGCGACCACACAUACCAGUUGAUACACUAUAAACAUAAUAAAGGUAGUGGAAUUGGAAUCGGAAAUACCAUAAGUAUGAUUGGCAAUAGCAGUAUGGCAAGUAUUAUUGGUGGUAGUAGGAGCACUGCUAACACAGCAACAAAUGAUGGAGGUAACAGUAGUUUUGGAAGUAUGAUUAGUGUAAUUGGAAGUAGGAAUGGCGGUAGCAUGGGUGUGGAUGACACGGUUGCAAAAUUGGAGUACGAAUAUGUGUUGAAUGAAAGGUGUAGAAGUGAAGUCAUGAAAAACAUAAGCUUCGUAAACUGUGUAAAGCUGAUGAAGAUAUUCACGACCAAGUAUGUGAAGGUGGAUAUUAAUCACACGAUUAAACUGCUGUCACUUAAAGCGUAUGAGGGUAAAAGUAUUAAGUCUGAGAGCAGCAUAGUACAGUUCUUACAAAUACUUGAUGAUAACAUUGGCAAUAUACUUAAAGGUUUGAGCAACGACGUGGUGAAAAAAUUGAGAGAAUACAGCGGAAAACUCUUGAAGGAAAUCAAUGGUAAUCUCAAGUCAAUUCCAGCAUGUGCGGGUGUAACCGUCGUGGACGAAGAAAGGAUGAACACGAUACUAAGUGAUGAUUGGAGCUAUGACAUGGUGGUAAAGUUGCACAAUCCAGAGGUUAACAAAAGUAUCAGUACAAGGUGCAAUUAUGAAGGUAGGAAGUACAUGGAGUAUCUGCUCAAGUACUACAAAGAGUACCUGGGAGAGCUCGCGGACAUGUACUACUACAAGUACAAGGUGUACGGGCACUUCAACACUAGGACUUACAGGCACCUGAACGUGUAUUUCAAGUUUAACAAGUUCAGCUUCGUGCCAAGGUUGAGUUACAAGGCGCACAAGUACCCACAGUCAAUAAUCAUGCCAAUAACGCACUGCAGAAGGAUACGCAAGGUCGGCGAUGCUAACAGCCUCAUUGACACAAGGGAGUAUGACUGGGAGGACGACGGAGCGGACAACGUGAUAGUGGUGCCAAAUGUAAUAUUAGUGCUGAGGGUCCUGACGAAACUGGCAGACCAAAUGUUGCAUAAUGUAGUAUUAACGUAUAAUACACGUUAA